CAGAAGCAUUUUUGCGAGACAAGAUCAAGAUUUCAAGACUCGGCCCUGUUUCACUGCGCCUUUAUCAUUACCAACAUUUUUAUCAAUUUUGACCUUAUUUACACUGAUUGGGGCGCCGCGGGGGAGUCGUGGGCGUGGAGGAAGAAGGCGUGGGUCGGCGGCAGUCAACACCACCACAACACCGCAGGGACACCACAGCGCACCACCACAAUGCUGUACUGCCCUCCUAACAUCACCUUAGACCAAAUAUGGGUUGAGCAUGGCGUUUCGCAUUGUCUUCUCGAAACGGUGUGUGCGUCAGUCUACACCGCGUUCCUCCUGGUGUUUGGUGUUGCGCAGUGGGUCGUAUACCACAAAUAUGCCACACCAGUUGACCCCUACCUCAGGCCGCGAUCGUGUCUCCUUGGGGUGCAGAACGGGCUAGCGGUGGUGAUGGCGGUGGUGGCGGUGGCUCGGAUUGUCCUCCAAGCCACUCUGAUCGACCAGCACAUAGUCUACGGGUACAUGGUGUUGACCCUGUGCUGCAACGUGGUGGUGUGGCCCCUCUCGCUGCGUCUGGUGUACCUGGAGAGGAACGAACAGCUGCCCUCAGUGCCGUCCCGGGGCCAUGGUGCGGUCCUACUGGUGUUCUGGACCCUGGUGUUUGUCGGAGAGAAUCUGUCGUUUCUCAACCUGCGGAACGAGGAUUGGUGGUUCGAUUUGACGACAGUGGCAGACCAGCUGGAAUUUGCCCUGUUCAUCCUUCGCUACACAGCCGCAUGUCUCCUGUUCAUCCUGGGACUGAAAGCUCCAGGAAUUUCUACCAUGAGGGAUUAUGUGAACUUUGGAGGACAGCUGAGGAGGCAGGAGGAGGAGGAGGAGGAGGAGGAGGGCGAGGGGUCAGCAGAGAGGUCAGGUCAAAGGUCAACCUGGCGUGGGGUUCUCAGAAAGCUUCGAGUCCUGUUCCCGUUCAUCUGGCCUCGGAAAAGUGCCGUUCUUCAGUGUUCAGUCGUGUUCUGCUUCCUCCUGCUUGUUCUGGGACGUGUGGCCAAUGUGUUUGUGCCCCUCUACUACAAACGCAUAGUGGACGGCCUGGGUGGCAGUGGGGGGGAGGCGACCUUUGUGUGGGAGGCAGUGGUGGUGUACGUGGCUAUCAAGUUCCUGCAGGGGGGGGGGACCGGGGCUGGCCUCCUCAACAACCUGCGGUCCCUCCUGUGGAUUUCGGUCCAGCAGUACACCAGCAGGGAGGUCCAGGUCCAGCUCUUCGCACACCUUCAUAACCUGUCCCUACGUUGGCACCUGGGACGGAAGACUGGCGAGGUUCUCCGAGUGAUGGACAGGGGAACAAACUCUAUCAAUUCUCUUCUUUCUUAUAUUGUCUUCAGCAUCCUGCCUACAGUGGUGGACAUCACUGUGGCUGUUGUUUACUUCACCACAGCUUUCAAUUACUGGUUUGGCCUCAUAGUCUUCCUCACCAUGGCUGUGUACCUGGGCAUCACCAUCUGGCUGACGGAGUGGCGGACCAAGUACCGGCGUCAUAUGAACCUGGCAGACAACGAGCAGCGGUCCAGAGGCGUUGAUUCUCUUCUGAAUUUUGAGACAGUGAAAUAUUAUGGAGCGGAGAAUUAUGAAGUGGACCGGUACCAGGAGGCCCUUCUCACGUACCAGCACGAGGAAUGGAAGUCAAACGCGUCUCUCAGUCUUCUAAACACCAUUCAGAACUUGGUGAUCAGCGUGGGGCUUCUGGCGGGGUCCCUGCUGGCGGCCUGGCUGGUGGCUGGACCCCAUACGCUCACUGUGGGGGAUUAUGUCUUGUUCUCCACCUAUAUAAUGCAGCUGUACAUGCCGCUAAACUGGUUCGGAACUUAUUACCGGAUGAUUCAGCAGAAUUUUAUCGAUAUGGAGAACAUGUUUGACUUGCUGAAGGAAAAGCAGGAGGUCGUGGAUGAGCCCGGCGCCCUGGCCCUGCCCGCCCCCCAGGGAAGGAUUGAGUUCCGAGAUGUCUCCUUCUCCUACUCCCCAGAGAGACAGAUCCUUAAGGGCGUGUCCUUCGCUGUGGAGCCCGGCAAGACCCUGGCUGUGGUUGGGCCGACGGGUAGCGGAAAGAGUACAAUAAUGCGUCUGAUCUUCCGUUUCUACGAUGUGUGUGGUGGUGCGGUGUUGGUUGAUGGUGUUGACGUGAAGCAUUACCAGCAGAGCGAGCUGCGGCGGGCCAUGGGGGUGGUGCCGCAGGAUACCGUGCUGUUCAACGAGUCCAUCUUCUACAACAUCCAAUACGGGCGGGUGAUGGCGGCGGAGGAGGAGGUCCACGAGGCAGCCAAACACUCGGACAUACACAGCAAGAUCCUGACCUUUCCCGAGCAGUAUGGGACAAAGGUUGGAGAGAGGACUGAAGCUGAGCGGAGGAGAGAAACAGAGAGUCGCCAUUGCUAGAACUAUUUUAAAGAACCCAACCUUUAUUCUGCUGGAUGAGGCAACCAGUGCUCUCGACACUCAGACUGAGAGGAAUAUACAGAGUGCCUUGCAGAAGGUGUGCCUGGGACGGACAGUGGUGGUUGUGGCCCAUAGGCUCUCCACAGUAAUCCACGCGGACACUAUAGUGGUGUUGAGGGACGGAGCCAUUGUGGAGCGGGGCAG